ACACACACACACAGACUGUUUGCCUGUCAACUGCAGGGGGGGGUGGGGGUUGCUGACCGCUGUCACAAUGAGUGAGCUGACUGAAGCGGACAAAGCGAACAUCCGUGUGGUGUGGGAGAAGUUGGCUGCGGAUCCUGAGGGAAACGGCAGGACUGUGGUUCUGAGGUUGUUCACAGAUUAUCCUGAAACGAAAAAGUAUUUUCAGCAUUUUAAGGACAUUUCAACCCAGGAAGAAAUGCAAAAAUCAGCUCAGAUCAAAAGGCAUGGCAAGACAGUGAUGAACAAACUGACGAGCAUCUUUGAAAAAUUGGAUGAUUGGGCUGCAGUCUGUACCAUUCUGGAUACCAUGGCAGAAAGGCAUGUUCACAAACAUAAAGUGGAGGUCUACAACUUUCAGAUUAUAUUUAAUUUAAUUGUUACGAUCAUGGGCGAAUCAUUGGGGAGCAGCUUUACACCAGAGAUCCGUGAAUCCUGGGUGAAGACCUUCAAUAUCAUUUACCAUCAUCUUGAAGAUUCCUACAAGAAAUACGAAGCUACAUCCUAACUUAAUGGCAUGUGGUUGCAAGCACUUACCACUCCAACCAUUGAUUAAUGAAUGAUAUUCUCUCUAAACCGUUCUGUACUGCAAUGACUAACAUCAUCAGCAUUUGAAUGGAUCUACUUGAGAAUAAUGAAAUUUUGAAAUUAAGAAUGGGAGAAAUAAAUGAUAAUGUUAUGGAAAAAAUUAAACAUAUCCAUUGAUCAUUUGCCUUGCUAAAUUAUAUAAAGUAAGGAAUAUUUUCUGCAUUAUUUGAGCAACUACCUUACUCAAUUAACCUGAUUUUAUUUCAAAUAUUUAGCCAGACAUAGCAACUGCUACAUCAAUAAAUAGAGGUGGUGGCCUAGUGGCAUUAUCAUGAGACUAUUAAUCCAGAGACCUAGCUGGUGACUAGGUUCAAAUCCCACCAUGGUAGAUGGUAGAAUAUGCAUCCAAUAAAAGUCUGGAAUUAAGAGUCUAAUAUUGACCUUGAAUUGAUUGCUAGGGGGGAAAAAAACCCAUCUGGUUCACUAAUGGGAGUAAGUUUUAAAAAAGCAUGUUGAUUGAUUUUAUUUUAGUUUUGUAGUCCAUUUCAAAAGCUCUGGGGAAGUAUGCCCCAUUUAAAAAUAUAUAAUUUUACCUUGAGAGCCUUUUUUUUUCCAACACAUCCCACAACUCACCUGCACCCAGUUAUUUAACUCCCUCCAACAAUAUUACAAUAUCCCUCUAACUUAAUCUUUCAUGAGGCUAAUAAGAGCACAGAUAAUACUGGGGUGAAGCUGAAAGUCUCAGCCUUGGCUAAAGUUGAAAAAUGUUGCUGCCUUCAAGAAAAUCAUUCGCUGUAGGAAUACCUGGUUCAUGUUUUUUUUUGAGUGCUGCUGUUAUUUAUGGCUCCACAUGGCAGGAAUUGGCUGCUGUGGUGUAUUCCCAUUUGUCUGUCCUUGCACGCACCAACUUGCAACCAGUUUGUGAUAUGAUAUCUGUCAGUCAAAUAUGCUCAGGUCUAUUCCUCUUUCUCUACUUCGACCUAUAGAAGAAGUCUCUAGCUUUUCAGCUCUGAUCAAAGAUGAAAUACUAAUGUUGUCUGUCACUUUUUUUUUGAAGAUUUCUAUUCGCUCUUGCAAUUUCAAGUCCCCUUUGUUUGGCUUAACAAAGAUUUUUCAACACAUAGCUUAGCAGUCAUCUUACAAAGGUUACUUUUCCACAGAUCUUCUGUAGAUCUUUGCAGGUUUCUGAGGCAGGCAAGAAAAAGGGCAGAAUGUAACAUGGUUUGGUUCCUGGUUAGAAACUUGAGUUUUCUUAUUGUUACCAUCUUUGCAAAAUUACAUCUGCAUCACCUCUGCUGGCUUCUAUUACCAUUUAGACACACGUAGCUACGUGUUCCACCAUGUACUGCAAUCUUCAUUCUAAUUCCUGAUUACAGUCAGUUUCUGGCCUGUCUUUCUUGACACAAUGGAUGGUAGUUUGGGGCAAUUAUGAUAUUAAACACUGAGCUAGCUAAGAAAGAACACCUCACACCCUCUCUCCCAUUUCUUCUUUCUAUUCUGCAACUUGUUUUGAGUUGUUGACAAAACCAUUUACUGGGAGAAAAGCUAAAUAAUUAAAAAUGCAGACUUAUACUUCCACUUACACGAUCUUCAUGCAAAUGGAAAAAUGAGUCAACAAAAUGCUUUUGGAACUGUGAGUACAUGUAGUUUGAAUUUAUAUCCAUGUGUGGAUGAAUCAACCACUUGAAAAUUAUUAUUUUUCAAGAUUGUACUAUGGUAGUUUGUAUAGUACGCUGGUUUUAAAUCUUAUUAUUUUAUUAAAUGCUUCCUAUUAAUUCAAAAUAAUGUUGUUCAGGUUAUUCAAUGAUCCAACAAUUGCAUUUUUUAUAUAUUAACUAACAAUGUAGAAGCAGUCUAGAUAUCUCUAUAUAUUAAUGCUGCAUACAUCACCAUUUUUAAAAUUUACAUUGCAUUUUUGAAAUUCUAUUUCGUAACAUUAGCAAAACAAGAAAAUAUUGUUUGAGCUGUAAUUGUACAUAUUGGAAGCCAUAGCCGAGUUUGGCAUAUGGCCUUCAAUAUGCACAAUUGCAGUUCAAACAAACCUGUUGCCGUAAUGGAACUUUUAAUAGUCUUCUGUUUACUUCAGUGCAAUAAAAUGCCCUGCUGAUAA